AAUUAUAUCAUCAUGGGGAAUAUUUGCAAGCCAUAGGUUUAGUUAAUAGAGGAAAAUGAGGUGGAUUUAAAUAAAAAAGCUGAAAUUGAUGAACAAAGAAAAAAAGCAAAUGGCAAAUAAGAAAAUAAUAAUGACUUAAAAUAAGAAUCUAUAACGGACGAUCAAAAACAAUAGCAAGAUAAUUACGAUGGGUAAAAGAUGAGAAGUGAAAAUAAUUAAGAAGUAUCUAAUAAAAAUAGAUCUUUAGCUAAAAAGAAGGGAAAACAAAAAGAUGGCAUAAAUAGCAGCUGUUAUUGAUUAGGAAGUAAUUUAUGAAAAUAUCUAAAAACAAAACAAAGUGAAAAGCCCUUUUGAUUACUAAUUACUACUGAAUGCAUUUAAUAAUAGUUUCAUAUUUGCUCAGUUGUAAGGCGACGACAAGUAUCAAAAAUUGAAUAUUAUUUUGAGUAAAGGUUAUUGAU